AUGAGUUAUCCAUCACCAACAUUCAGUACCGAUGUGGCAAAACCUGCAAUGGACUAUCCACCACCAUCUCAGUACAAUGUAGCGAAAGAAAGAGAAGCACAAGGAAGCACAACAAUGACAAGGAAUGUGAUAGGAGGCUUGAACGGCCUGUGCGUUUUCUCGGUCGCACUAGCAGUCUUUCUUGUGGUGACAUUCAUAGUAAUAACCGUGUCGUUCCCUGAUCAUCCAAAAUUUACUAUUAAUAGCUUCUCAGUCUCGAACUUCAAUGCUUCAUUUCCUGGCUUCACCGGUAACUGGGCAGCUGAUUUAACAAUUGAAAACAAGAAUGCCAGAUUCAAAGUAAUCUUCGAUACAAUAGAAAGUAGUGUGUAUUAUCCAGAAGAUAAGGGUGCCUUUGCUUUAAUUAAAAAUCAUCUCCUUGCUUCAGAAUUUUCCGAUCCUUUUUCCAUGGAGAGGAAGGCAAGUAACACAAUGCAUGUAGAACCAUCCUUCAACAUGGGUAAAACAAUGAUCGAGAGCGAAGCUGUGGAUUUAAUGGCUAAGGAAAGGGACAGUGGAAAGGUGGGUUUUAUUUUGAGAGUGCAUUUUAGGACUAGGUAUGAACCAAAAUCGUGGACGAGCGAGAAAACCUUGACAGUUCGUUGUCCUAUAAAUAUUGUUUUUCAUGGCGCUACAGGUAAUGGAACUGCAGACCCUGAGAGCUUAGACUAG